ACAUGCUGAUCUCCCCUUGAGACAGCCAGCAGGCGUCCUGGUCAUGGAGGACUGCAACGUGCACUCGGCUGCCAGCAUCCUGGCCUCGGUGAAGGAGCAGGAGGCUCGCUUUGAGCGGCUGACACGGGCCCUAGAGCAGGAGCGGCGCCAUGUUGCCUUGCAGCUGGAGCGUGCCCAGCAGCCUGGUGUGGGCAGUGGUGGCGUGGGCAGUGGGCAACCCCUGCCGAUGGCCUGGCAACAGCUGGUCUUGCAGGAGCAGAGCCCGGGCAGCCAGGUCUCACUGGCCACAAUGCCGGAGGCGCCGGAGGUGCUGGAGGAGACCGUGACGGUGGAGGAGGACCCCGGCACCCCCACCUCCCACGUGUCCAUUGUCAUGUCAGAAGAUGGCACCACGCGGCGCACGGAGACCAAGGUCACCAAGAUGGUCAAGACAGUGACUACACGCACCGUGCGCCAGGUGCCCAUGGGCCCAGACGGCCUCCCCCUCCUGGAUGGUGGCCCCCCGCUAGGACACUUCGGUGAUGGCACCCUGGACCGGCACUUCCUGCUGCGUGGGGGUGGCCCGGCGGCCACGCUCUCUCGAACCUACCUCAGCAGUGGGAGUGGCUUUCCUGACAGCCCCGAGCCCCGGGACAUCCCCAGCUAUGGCAGCCUGUCCCGGGGGCUGGGUGUGCGGCCCCCACGUGGUGGCCCUCUUGGCCCCGGCCCUGGUGAUGGCUGCUUCACGCUGCCUGGCCGCCGUGAAGCCUUCACCGAGGGCCCAGAACCUGUGCCGCCGGCCGGUCGCUCCCAGCCCGAGCGCUUCCAGGCAGAGCCAUAUGGCUUGGAAGACGACACACGCAGCCUGGCUGCCGAUGACGGGGGUGGCCCGGAGCUGGAGCCUGACUAUGGCACCGCCACGAGGAGGCGGCCUGAUUGUGGGCGGGGCCUUCGCACUAGGGCCUAUGAGGACGUGGCCGAUGAUGGCGGUGAGCUGAUGGAGGAGAGGCCCCCAUUCCCGGCAACAGCAGCACCCCUGGCCCAGCCAGAACGGGGCAGCCUGGGCAGCCUGGACCGGAUGGUGCGGCGCUCGCCCUCUGUCGACAGCGCCCGUAAAGAGCCACGCUGGCGGGACCCUGAGCUGCCCGAGGUACUGGCCAUGCUGCGGCACCCCGUGGACCCCGUGAAGGCCAACGCAGCUGCCUACCUGCAGCACCUGUGCUUUGAGAACGAGGGUGUCAAGCGGCGUGUGAGGCAGCUGCGGGGGCUGCCCCUGCUCGUGGCUCUGCUGGACCACCCAAGGGCAGAGGUGCGGCGCCGGGCCUGUGGGGCACUGCGCAACCUCUCCUAUGGCCGAGACACUGACAACAAGGCCGCCAUCCGGGACUGUGGCGGCGUGCCCGCCCUGGUGCGCCUGCUGCGGGCCGCCCGGGACAAUGAGGUCCGAGAGCUCGUCACAGGCACACUCUGGAACCUGUCAUCCUACGAGCCCCUGAAGAUGGUCAUCAUUGACCAUGGCCUACAGACACUGACCCACGAGGUCAUUGUGCCCCAUUCGGGCUGGGAGCGAGAGCCCAAUGAGGACUCCAAGCCACGGGAUGCCGAGUGGACGACUGUCUUCAAGAACACAUCAGGCUGCUUGAGGAACGUGAGCUCAGAUGGCGCAGAGGCCCGGCGGCGACUUCGGGAAUGUGAAGGGCUGGUGGACGCGCUCCUGCAUGCCCUUCAGUCAGCCGUGGGCAGGAAGGACACAGACAACAAGUCGGUGGAGAACUGCGUAUGCAUCAUGCGGAACCUGUCGUACCACGUGCACAAGGAGGUGCCCGGGGCCGACAGGUACCAGGAGGCCGAACCUGGGCCCCUGGGCAGUACUGUGGGCUCCCAGCACCGGAGGCGGGAUGAUGCUGGCUGCUUUGGUGGCAAGAAGACCAAAGGGAGGAAGGAUGGAGAGAUGGACCGAAACUUUGACACGUUGGACCUGCCCAAGAGAACGGAGGCCGCCAAAGGCUUUGAGUUGCUGUACCAGCCCGAGGUGGUGCGUCUCUACCUCUCACUCCUCACGGAGAGCCGGAACUUCAACACCCUGGAGGCUGCGGCUGGUGCCCUACAGAACCUCAGUGCUGGCAACUGGAUGUGGGCCACCUACAUUCGCGCCACCGUGCGCAAGGAGCGCGGUCUGCCGGUGCUGGUGGAGCUGCUGCAGUCCGAGACCGACAAGGUGGUGCGUGCUGUCGCCAUUGCCUUGCGGAACCUUUCGCUGGACCGACGCACAAGGACCUCAUCGGUGAGGACACUGGCUGGUGCCGGAAACGUGCGCAAUGGGCAGGCUUCAGCGCGACCCGGGGGCCCCCUGAGGAGGACACUGUGGGUGGCCGUGCUCAACCCCAUCCACGAGAUUGUGUUCGACAGCCUGGACAAUGCACGCUCGCUGCUGCAGGCCCGUGGCGUGCCAGGGCUGGUGGCCCUUGGCGCCUCCAGCCAAUCGGUGCGAGAGGCGAAGGCUGCGUCCCACGUGCUGCAGACUGUGUGGAGCUACAAGGAGCUGCGUGGAGCCCUGCAGAGGGAUGGCUGGACCAAGGCACGCUUCCAGUCAGCUGCUGCUAAUGCCAAGGGGCCCAAGGGCGCACUGAGUCCCGGAGGGUUUGAUGACAGCACACUGCCGCUGGUGGACAAGAGCCUGGAUGGUGAGAAGCCAGGCAGCCGGGAUGUGAUCCCCAUGGAGGCCCUUGGCCCAGAUGGAUACUCCACGAUGGACCAGAGAGAGUGGAGGGCUCGAGGCAGUGCCCCCGCAGGGGAGACCUCUGAGAAGGAACCGUUGAAAGUGAGUGGCUGUGGCAGGGGCCCAGGGAGGCAGCAUGAGUAGUGGUUGCCUGGAGAGGGGCUCAGGCGAGAUGGGGCCUGGCAUCCACCUGGGGUGGGGCUCACCUGUAGGACAGCUGGGCUGGGAGACUGGGCCCAGGGAGUGGCUCCUCCACCUUGGGAACCUCACAUCAGAGUCAGUCUGUGGGUGCAGCUGGUUCGAAGCUCACACUCAGAGAGGGAGGGGGCACAUGACAGGGGGCACGGCCUGGCACAGU